GGCUCCCUGGCUGCGGCUCCUCAGUCGGCGGCGGCUGCUGCUGCCUGUGGCCCGGGCGGCUGGGAGAAGCGGAGUGUUGGUGAGUGACGCGGCGGAGGUGUAGUUUGACGCGGUGUGUUACGUGGGGGAGAGAAUAAAACUCCAGCGAGAUCCGGGCCGCGAACGAAAGCAGUGACGGAGGAGCCAGUACCACCGGUAACUAAAUGACCAUGGAAUCUGGUGCAGAGACCCAGCAGAGUGGCGAUGCAGCUGUAACGGAGGCAGAAAAUCAACAGAUGGCUGUACAGACACAACCACAGAUUGCAACAUUAGCACAGGUUUCUAUGCCAGCAGCUCAUGCAACUUCUUCUGCUCCCACAGUGACCUUAGUGCAGCUCCCUAAUGGGCAAACCGUUCAAGUCCAUGGAGUUAUUCAGGCAGCCCAGCCAUCAGUUAUUCAGUCUCCACAAGUCCAAACUGUUCAGAUUUCUACUAUUGCAGAGAGUGAGGAUUCACAGGAAUCAGUAGAUAGUGUCACAGAUUCUCAAAAAAGAAGAGAAAUUCUUUCAAGGAGACCCUCCUACAGGAAAAUUUUGAAUGACUUAUCCUCAGAUGCACCUGGAGUGCCAAGGAUUGAAGAAGAAAAGUCUGAAGAGGAGACUUCAGCACCAGCCAUCACAACUGUGACGGUGCCAACUCCAAUCUACCAGACUAGCAGUGGGCAAUACAUUGCCAUUACCCAGGGAGGAGCAAUACAAUUGGCUAACAAUGGCACAGACGGGGUACAAGGCCUGCAGACCUUAACUAUGACAAAUGCAGCUGCCACUCAGGCCAGCACCACCAUCCUGCAGUAUGCACAAACCACUGAUGGGCAACAGAUCCUCGUACCUAGCAACCAGGUUGUUGUGCAAGCUGCCUCUGGAGAUGUACAAACAUACCAGAUUCGAACGGCACCCACCAGUACCAUUGCACCUGGUGUUGUUAUGGCUUCAUCCCCAGCACUUCCUACCCAACCUGCAGAAGAGGCAGCACGAAAGAGAGAAGUUCGUCUCAUGAAGAAUAGGGAAGCAGCACGUGAGUGCCGUAGGAAGAAAAAGGAAGAUGUGAAAUGUCUAGAGAACAGAGUGGCUGUGCUUGAGAACCAAAACAAGACACUGAUUGAAGCGCUGAAAAGCUUAAGGACCUUUACCUGCCACAAAUCGGAUUAAUUGGGGGAUGGAUUUCAUUUCACUUCCUAAGGUGGAGAAAAUGACUGGUUAGUCCACAGCCAGAAAGACAAAGGUAACUUUUUAUUUUCUAAACAGUUCUCUUUUUUCUAUGCGCAAAACUGCCUGAAAGCAACUACAGAAUUUCAAUUCAUCUGUGCGUUGCAUUAAACGUGAAUAUUCAAACACCUGCCUCCACUCUCCCCACCCUAAGAAAUUGUCAUCUUCCUGAUCAUGAAGAUGAGACUUCUGGUUUUUUAUCCCCUCUUCAACUCUUCAAGGAGUGAUAAUGUGUUCAUGUUGUUUGAAUUGUUGGGGGAAAGUGAGAAGAAUUUUUUUUUUAUUAAUUUCAAGGGGUUUGUGCUGAGCUCCUUGAUUGCCUUAGCAACAGAAAUCUCCCCCUCCCUCCUCUCUCAUCUCCCCUCCCCCCCCAGCCUCUUGAAGUACCGGUGUGGACUGAAUGCAGAAAGUAAGUAAGGUGCAAUGAAGAAGUGAUGAUUGCCAAUUGACCUGUAUCAUUGAAAUUAUUAUAAAUUUGUUGCUAAUGAUAUAUCCCAAAAGGAGGGAUUUAUAUAUAGAAAAAAAAAUUAGGGGAAUUAAUUCAAAGAGGUUUCUUGUGUAUGUUCUAUUCUCUAAUUUCUGCAGUGCUAAAAACUUGUUCAUACCUGUCAAGGCAUUUUGGGGCUGGCUUUUCUUUUAGGUCACCUCCCUUCUUAAAUUGCAAUUCUCUUUGUAUUUUGGAAUACAUUUAAUGAAGGUCACCAAGUGAAUGGUAUAUAGCAUGGCCUUUGGAUCAAAAGUGAAGUCAAAGUUAACCAAUACAGGUGUGAAGAGCUUUUUACUUAAGGCAUAUUAAUUUUUAAUGAAGAGAACUGUUUAAAAGAAAUAGAAUAGACCCUUUAUAUUAAAACAGAGGUUUUUAUGAAUAUUCAUGUCCGUGGCUUCAGAACAGUAAUCAUUUACUAUUUUUUAAAAAAUUCAAUACCUGCUCUUCCCUCUGCACUUAACAUUUUAUCAUUACCAAAAAAGCCUUCAAGAUGCUAAAGAGAGAAAAAUGAAAUACUAUAUUAAUGAAAAUAAAAUGUGUUGUAGGAAAAAUGAAAUUAAUUACACAAUAGCCCAUUUUAAGUAUAAAAUUUACACAAGGUGAAUUUUAUUAGUGAAAGCUAUAAAAAUGUUAUAAGAACAUUCUGAAACGCAUUCAGUGUUCAUUUAUGCAUGCAUUUUUUUUUCCAGUGCAGUGUCUAAGAGUGAAUUCUAUUAUAGUGUUUGGGUUUCAUUCAUGUAAACGUACUCACAUGCUCAUUCAAACCACCAAAGUCCUGAAUUUAUGUUUUUGCCUUAAAAGGUUAAUUAUGCUUCAGGGCUUCCAUAUGGCAUGUGAUCUUUGUCAUUUGAUAAAGUAACUGCAUGUCUAAACUCCCUAAUAAGAAAUGUAUGGCUUGUGAGCAUAUCUCACAAUAAUUAUAUCUAAUAAUUCUUUGAGGUAUUCAUUGCUAAAUUAUUUCACUAAAUCUACCCCGAAAUAAAAUUAAAAUUCACCUUGUUAAAGAAGGUAUAAUUCAUAUCAAUGUAGAAUAAUUUUAAAAACACUGGCUUAAGAUCAUUGUCACAGUAUUUGCGUUAUGAUUUUGCAUUCAGUUUUAUAAGAGAGUUUAAGAAAUGCUAAAAAGUGUAGGAUUUGAUGUUUUUGUCUUAGGUCAUCACCAUUUGAAAUCAAAUUGUAUAGACUGUUUACUAUCAAAUGCAAAAGUCAUGUCGGCUUUCUACUGGAUCAAUUUUGAAAAGCAAUAUUUUCAAGCUAUAAAUGGCUUUAUUAUCAUAGCAGUGGGGGGGUUGUUGGUUUUUUAAUGUAAACAGAGUGGGGGAACCAUCAAUUAAAGAAUGUAGCUUUUAAAGUGAUAUAGCUAUAAAUGUGGAUGCAUUCACCAAAUUCUCAAGGCUUUCAAACAGCUUAAAAAGUCUAGUGUUUCUACCUGACUGAGCUACUUGGAACAAAUAAUGUAAUUUUUUUAAUGGCUAUUUAGUGUACAAUGUGUCAUUCCUCAACAUUUGCCACAAUGAAGAAAUUGAGGGAAUUCAUGGAUUUGUUUUCAUGGCAAAAUUAUUUCUUAUUGCUUAAUUGAUGUCAAAUAGGAAUUCCAUUAAAAAUUAUUUACAAACUGUAAAUAGCCAGUGCCUAGAAAAUUGAUUCUCCCCUCUAAAGAUAUAUUUUACAAAAAAUUGGUACUUUUCAGUUUAUAUUGAAAGUUAGUUGACAGUUUGCCUAUUUUUUCCUGGUAAAUAAUGACAGUCUGGUUAAUAUUAUUUAUUGGGUUAUGAAGAAUGACCUGGCUCUUUUCUCCUUAAAGGUAGUAACACUGAAUUGAAAUCAUCAAUAAAGUAGUGAGGAGAAAGGAUUGUAUGCUCUUAAAAUGAAUCUACUGUAGAUCCUUGGAUAUAUUUGAGGACUUCAGUUUCCACAAAUAGAAAUCAGGCUACUUUUCUUCUGGUUGUUUUUUAAAACAGAAUUUGUUUGGUUGUUCAACCAUAUAACUGAGAAUUAAGGAAUUUAGAUAUUUUCAUUUAGAAAGUAACUUUUUAAUAAGAAACCCACAUUGAAAUCAUUUUUAACCAAGAAUACAUGUGGCUACCAAUAAUAGAUGCUUUACUCUUCAUUUUGGCCAAAAGGGAAAGAAAACAUAGGAAUCUGUAUAUAUGUUGUAGAAAAUAGCAAAAUUGAUAUUGCUCACUUUGCAAAUUAGGGCUUGUUGGCACUUUUAUCUGUAGGACAGAUUAAGUCUAAUAAAAACUAAGUGUGGGGGGGAUUUUUUUAUAUCUUAAAAGUUAUGCGUUUGGGGGCUUUGGUAGGGUUUAACAGAAGGGCAGGUUAGAAAGGGCUAGAUCCAUUAUGUUCACAGUACAAAAAUUUGGUUUCAAAAUUUAUUUUAUUUUCAUUAUUUUACAAAUAAAAGUACCAGGCUGACAGUUGUGAUAUUGUCAGAGGUGCUCUGUUAAUUUAGAUAUUCUUGGAAAAAUACAUAUGUAUAAUAUAUGUACAUAUAUAUAUAUACACACAGUAUAUAAUCUGAAGCUCUGAGAGCUCUUAAGUCAGGAAUGCUGAGUAUUAUAGUCUAUUGAGGUCAGAUACAGCUCGUACAUUUUUGUGUGCUGUUGCAUCCCUUUUGGUAGUGUUUGGAUUGUGUUAUUCCAGCACUCGUGAUUGCAUUUUUUAUGUUCUAAUUACUCUUCCAACUAUUUUGUUUCUUUUUUAUUGUUAGUUAUCUUAGGCUGAUUCUUAUAAAUUAUGUUUGUACUUGCCUGAAAACUUCCCCCCAAAGUAUUCAAUUAUUUUUGUGCUUUGUCUCUGGCAGCUAUAACAGUGGUUUAAAAAAAAAUUGGAAGAUUUCUUUGAAAAAGAACCACUGAUUUUCUUAACCAUUCUGGGGAGGGAUUCGAGAGUUUCAUUUAGGCAGGAUGUUCUCAGAAAUGGUGUUUUGAUGAUAAGUUGGCAACAUUGCUAUUAUCUGAAAGCACAAUUCCAGUCAGGCAGGCUGUCCAAGGGGAAGUCAUCUGGCUGACAUUCUCUCUUCUCUUCUCAGGCCCAAUCCCCACUUGGGUACUAUACCUACCAGUAGAGGUGAUAUUUGGAAUCAUGCAAAGGCUUAGGAAGAAACAACAGUGUUUGGUUUAACAAGGAUACUUUACUUACUUGAAGUGUUUUUUAACCCAGAUUUUUCUUUAUGUACAUUAAAUCAGUUUUUAUUUUAGGAGCAGUAGUAGCCAGUCACCAGCUCAAACUGGGCUGUAGUUAUUUACAAAUCGUAAAGGUUAUUUCAUUUUGCAAUUUAAGCCUAGUAUCUUAAAGUUAAAUUUUGAAGUCAUUUCAGGGUUCAGGAAUACUGGAAAUAAUACAACUUUUUAGUAAAUUUUGGGAGGAAGCGUCUCUUUCCUUUUUUUGAGCUCUGAAAACUAUUAGUGGAUUAUAUUCCAUUGACCUGACAUAAAGGUUGUAUAUUUAUUUGGGUUCUUUUUACAUUCUGUUCUUUGUAAAUGUUUGGUAUAAAAUGCACUUUUAAAAAAAAAAAACCUACCCAAUUUCUAGGAACUUGGGUAUUGGUAUUGACAAUAUGAGAAGCUUCUUCGGCUAGUAAUCAUGAACUGAUUGUCCAUCUUUCUCUUCCUUAUGAUUAAAUCAUGUGGCUGUUUUUUAACAGAGACAUUUUGUUGUUUGAAAUAUUAGUACCUGAAGAUUAGCCUUACAAUUAGGUGCUAAGGUGGGAGAUUUGUCAGGGCCACUAAAUAGAAUAAAGACUGGCUCAAACUCUAUCUUAUUUUCUUUCAGCAUAUAGCUAAUUGAAUUUUGUUCUUCUGACAAAAAUUUCCCCCCAUUUUUGGUGGAAUGUUUGCCCAACAUUAUGAUUGUCAAUGUGAUACCAAAACAACCAUCUGAAUUGCAUUUAGGGUAAGAGAUUGAAAAAAAGGAUUUUUCAUUGUGUAAACCAAAUAAAAUUUUGUGCUAAAUUUUUCACUCUGAAAUUGGUUUGUGUUGAGCCUUAAACCUGAUUAUAUAUUUGAAAAGGCCUAAUGCAAGUGAAAGAAAAUAAAAUUUACUGACAUAAAGCAAAAGGUGCAUGGAAAUAAUUUGUUCAUUCAUUUGUAAAAAAGCACAAUUAGAAGUUUUUUUUUUGUAGGCAGCAAUGAAGAUGAAUUGAUCACCUAGGUAUAUAUCCCUGAAUAUUGUUAAUGUUGACUUUAGCGAUUGACUAUAACUCUAUGUACUUGGAACUGGUUUCCUUCACUUUGUAAACUCAAUGAUUAGGAGAGGGGCUUGAACAUAUCAUUAAGCUGAGCCAGUUGGAAGGAUUUCAAAUAAAUCUAACAGGGUGCUGAAGUUCCAUCUGUCCUCAUCAGCUUUAUGUUAAGUUCACAUGAAUUAGUGAAUGUAACUUAAGCCUUUGUAUGUGUCCUCAGGGGCAGACUAGUUUUUAAGAGGGACCAGAUACAGUUUGAAAGGAGUAAGUGUAUUUUCAGGUGUUUUAGCUUGAAAAUUUAUUUUUUAAAAAAUAUAAAACUUUUAAAAAUACAGAGAAGCCUGUAAAGUAAGUUGAUAUUAUAAACAGGCAGACUUGUUUAGCACAGAAGUAAAAAAUAUUGACCUGUCUGCUGCAUUCUGGUACUGUGGGUACAGGUCCCCUAGCUGGGGGGAGGGAGGGGAAAUGAAAGGGGGAGGGAAGAAUUGGGGUUAGUUAUAUUCUUGACAAUUUGGGGUUUUUUUUCUCACCUGCACAUAAAAAAAUCAGUCCCUCAGGAAAUGUGGAGUAAUAGGUAAAUCAGUUAACCUACUUGGAGUAGAUGUUAUAAAAUGCUUGCGCCUAUUUAAGCAUGGAAUUUUCAAGAUUCAGCCUCAACUGAAUAGCUUGCCUGAGGGGAGGAUACAUCUAAGAUGAUUUGAAACUGGUGAGGAGAGGUGGAGAUCCCUGAAAAUAAAGGUCUUAUGUUAGUUGGCCAAAUGAAACAGUCUAUCAUGUGUUUGGGGGACUUUAUUUUAUGUUAAUUGAAUUGGUAAAAUGCUCUAUAGAAUGUUGUAUUUUUAUCCAGAUGCCACUCCAUUUUAUGUAUGUAAUAAAAUUAUUUAUAUUAAAAGUGGGAGAGCUAAAUUGUAGAAACUGCAUAUAUCUGACCUUCAAUAUUUCCUGCUAGUAUGGAUUUUAUUAGGGGGGAGUAAGAGUGCUGGGUCAUCAGUUUUCUGUGGUAGAAGUAUAGUCCCUGCCUGAUUUAUUCACAUGUUGGUUGUCAUCACCAAGAAAGAAUGAUUUCUAGUCCAAAUUUAUAAUUUAAUACUUUUUUUUUUUAAAAAAAUAUGAUCAGGGAAGUUUCUAGAGUUGUUUUGUUUUUGUUGUUGUUUUUAAAGAAAAUUGAGGUGAAUGUUACUUCUAUCCAUUUCUUACUUUACCCAAAACCAUCAGCACAAAACAGGGUAUUGAUCUUAACUCUUAAUAUUUCUUUUGGAGUGGAUUACAAAAUAAAGAACUAUAAUGGGGAAAACAGGUUUCUAUUAAAAUUCCCUACAUUCUAGAAACAUCCCUGUUUUAAUGUUUUUUUACUUAAAUCUUUUUUGUGCUUUAUGUAAAAGAAAAAAUGUACUGAGUUAUAAUGCAUUUUAUUAACACUAUGUACAUAUUAGCUGCUUUGUGUUUCAGAAUGGUAGUAAUUGCUUUGUAUAUUAAAGUGAUCCUUGUGAAUUUGUGAAUUGUCAUAAAGAAGUGCUUUUUCUUACUGUAAUCUUUGUGGUAUAAACUGUCAUAAUGCCCUUUUUACACCAACAUUUAUGUGCAGUCACAUAAACAUGCUUUUAAAAAUG